CUCUCACUCACAUAAAUACUUGCAAAGGGAGUCAACCUAAUACAUACACACUUUCUCCCUGUUUCUGUGUUCAUCUCUUCACCCAGCCUCUGCCUCAGUCGCCUCCAGCCAGCCUUGAGGAGAGACACAGAGCCCAGAGGAGAGAGAGGAGGAAGAGUGAGAGAGUCAGAGAGAAAGACAGAGAGGGAGGGAGGGAGAGAGAGAGAGAGAGAGAGAGAGAGAGAGAGAGAGAGAGACUUGAUCACACAGUCUGCAGCCCCCAGCCUUCCCUCCGUUGCUGCUGCGUGUGAAAGCCAGAGGCAGAGGCAGAGCUGGUGUUCGUCUCUGAGAGUCAGAGCGCAAGGGAGCUGCAGAGCAGAGCCGAAUCACUGGCAUGACUCCAGUGUGACAGACUCCGUCCAGUCCCUCCACAUCUCUGCCGCUCUCUGACCAGCCUCCAGCCGGGAGAUCAACACCAGGAUCAUAAACAGGAACACCUGUCUUCACUGUAGGAGCUAAGCUCAGGAGCAUGUUGUGACGGCCAUGCCUCUGGAGAUGGAGAAGACCAUCACCAAGCUGAUGUAUGACUUCCAGAGGAACUCCACCUCUGAUGAUGACUCUGGAUGUGCACUGGAGGAAUAUGCCUGGGUUCCUCCUGGACUCAGCCCCGAACAGGUGCAUCAGUAUUACAACUCCCUACCAGAAGAAAAGGUUCCCUAUAUAAACAGCCCUGGAGAGAAAUACCGCAUCAAACAGCUGCUUCAUCAGUUGCCACCACAUGAUAAUGAGGUGCGUUACUGUAAUGGUCUGGAUGAUGAGGAGAAAAGAGAGCUUAAGCUCUUCAGCAACCAGCGGAAGAAAGAGAACCUGGGCCGCGGAAAUGUCCGUCCCUUCCCCCUCACCAUCAAUGGGGCCAUCUGUGAGCAGUGUGGGGGUCAGAUAAACGGAGGGGACAUUGUGGUCUUUGCUGCCAGGGCAGGUCACGGGCAAUGCUGGCAUCCUCAUUGCUUUGUCUGCAGUAUGUGUGAGGAACUGCUGGUGGAUCUCAUCUACUUCUACCAGGAUGGCAAGAUCUACUGUGGCCGGCACCAUGCCGAGAGGCUGAAACCCCGCUGCUGUGCCUGUGAUGAGAUAAUCUUUGCUGAUGAGUGCACUGAGGCAGAGGGCAGGCACUGGCACAUGAGGCACUUCUGUUGCUUUGAGUGUGAGGCCCCCCUCGGCGGCCAGCGCUACAUCAUGAAGGAUGGACGGCCACACUGCUGCAACUGCUUCGAGUCCCUUUAUGCUGAGUACUGUGACGCGUGUGGAGACCAUAUAGGUAUUGACCAAGGACAGAUGACAUAUGAUGGCCAACACUGGCACGCCACUGAAGAAUGUUUCUGCUGUGCCCGUUGCAAGCGCUCACUGCUUGGCCGCCCCUUCCUGCCAAAGCAGGGGCAGAUCUUCUGCUCAAGGUCCUGCAGUGCUGGACAGGAUCCAGAUGAGUCUGAUUCCUCAGACUCAGCCUUCCAAAGUGCCCGUUCCCGUGAGUCCCGCCACAGCACCAAGAUUGGCAAAAAGGAGCGGCGCAAUGCUGAGCAGGAACGGAGGAGUGUGGAGGCCCGCCAGCCAGCUCCUCCACCAAUGCCUGACCGUCUGUCUGCUGAAAUCGAUCCCUUGUCUGUUCAGAUGGACCGCUUGAGCCUCUCCUCUGGCCAGACCCCAAGCAGAACCCCCAGCCGCACACCAAGCCGCACCCCGAGUCGUACUCCGAGCUUAAACCAAGUGUGGAUGAGCCGGGAUGAAACCUAUGCCCCUGCUGCCUAUGAGACCUCCCAACGGGACCCGUCCCCCACUCGAACACCUAUACAGCUGCUGGGGCAGUGUAACCCCAGGCAGGGCUACAAUCCCACCCAGAACCUGAAUCCUCCAGCCCAGAGUCCUGUCAACCCAGGGAAGAUGCCUGAUUCCUGGGGGAAGGAGCAAGGUAAUGCCAAGAGGACCCCUAUGGCCGCCCUCAGGGGCCACUCCUUCAAUGAGAACUGGAUCCAGCACAGCCAGGAUGAGUUCAGACCCAACAAGCUCCGCACCCAGAUGAGCUUCAAUGAGAUGUCUAGCCAGAACCAGGGCUUCACAGACAAGAGGAGCAUCAGCCUGCAUGGGUUCCAGAGGGACGGCAGGCCCCCCCUGACCAGGAGAAACCCCAUUAACGCCAUGAGCUUCAAUGAACCCCUCACUCCUCUAGAACAGACCCCACAUGGAUCCAUUGACUCCCUGACAAUGUCCAAUGCUACAGGUAACUCUCUGGAUGGGGUCAGUAAGCGUCAGGAACAUCUGUCCAGGUUCUCUAUGCCUGACCUGAGCAAGGACUCUGGAGUGAAUGUGUCUGAGAAGAGCAACAUGGGCACCCUAAGCUCCUCAGUCCAGUUCCACAGCACCGAGUCCCUGUCCUCCUCUCGUCCCUAUGGAAACAUGGAUGCUCCACUGAGGGUGGGCUACCCCCUACAGUACUGGGAUGCCCCACGGCCGCUGGCCUUUGAAGGCAAAGGUCGUGUUGGGCUGGUAGGCAGCAGUGGAAACCUUCACAUGGCUCCUAUGAGUGACAGAAUGCCCCGCCGGCGCAUAAACACACAGGAAUCUGUAUCCCAGCAACAGCAGCCACAACCAAGACGCCGCAAACACCAUCGUGGUAACCAUGGUAACGGCCAGCACCGUGGUAGCCGCCACCACAAACGCUCUCGCCGCUCUCGCUCUGACAACGCCCUACACCUGGUGGCUGACCGCCCUGCUCAAAUGGUGGAGCUGCCCUACCGCCGUGUCCAGGAGGAUUACGACUGCUUCUCCUCUGGCCACACCGGCAGGGAGAUGUUCAGCCUGGGACCAGGCGGGUGCAGACAGCAGUCCUACCGGCCCUGUCCUCGCACCACCUCUGAUCUCACCCUGCAGAAUGCUGGCUGGCAACCUGUGGGGCUGGGUGGGCCUCACUGGGGCGAUGGUUACAGGGAGGGGGCUGACCCCUGGUGCUCCAGCUGCUCCUCUACCUCAGAGUCUGAGGAAGAUGAGGGUUAUUUCCUGGGGGAACCCAUCCCUCGGCCCGUGCAGCUGCACUACAUCAACGAAGAGCUGCGCCACCGCUACAGCCCCUCUGGGAUGGGGGGCCAUCAUGGACCUCUGCAUGGACAGAUUCAUGGCCAGCUACACACUCGCCAGAGGAGGAAGAGCAAAAAUUGCAUAAUUUCCUAGAUGUAGAGCAAAGAGAUUGAGAGGGAUGAGCAGGAGAGAGAAAGAGUUGGGAGAGAGAGAAAGAGGUAAGAAGAGUGUGAAAGCAACAGAGGAGGGAGAGAAGGAGUGGGAAGGUGAGAGUGAGACAGUGAGUGCAUGUGAAAUGGAAUAGUGUGUGUGUGUGUGUGUGUGUGUGUGUGUGUGUGUGUGUGUGUAAGGAGGGGGGGGUGGAAGAAAGGAGAAGGCAUAUUUUUUAUGUAUGUGAGCUUACACAACUCUACACCGGGUAGUGUUUGUGUACACCUACACGGUAUGAUCUAAUCAUGAGAGGAAGCUUAGCUGGCUUACACAACAGAAAUGUUUACAAUGAUGGAGAUGAGAAUCAGAUGAUGGUACAAGGAAGCACUGAUGAAUUCAACUGCUAAAUAUAGUCUGGUCAAGGCAAAUAAUGGGUAAAUGGUGUAUGUGUGUGUGUCUGUGUGUGUACCCAUGUACAAGAGAGGAUGAACAUCCCCUUUACAGAUUUAAAGGGACAUAUUGGUAUAACUGCAGUGAUCCAGGCGGCUCUGGACAGCUUAACGCUCCGAGCUCUGGGCAGUAAACUUAUUCUAUGUGGACAAAUCAGAAAUUGUGUUGGGAUAGUGAAAGCUACGUGCUAGAUUCCAAGCUGUGUCUUUGUUUACCUCAGUGGAAUCCAAAUGCUGCUGGAAUAUAGUGUUGGCUCGCUAGCCCUGUUAUCACCUUGUACAAAUAGUCUGUUGAAACUUGUGCUCUACAUAGCCUGCUCUCCAUGCUUUACCAAGGACAGAGCGCUAGAUAGCCUCCGCUCCUCGGCCAUUCAGGCACAGUAACGUCAGGUAUGGUCCCGUUUUCUCUUCUGCAACAUGCUUUGUUUUUUGAGUUACCUAUAGAUGAUUAAAAAUACUACUACUAAUAAUAAUAAUUACAAUAAAUUAAAGAAUGAUACCUGUUAAAUGUAUAUAUAGUAAUAAAAAUGUUAUUAAAGUAAUGGAUGUAGUAAUGUAAAUGUUAUGUACAUAUGGUCUUAAAUAUUUAUAUAUUAUAUUUUGUAUCUAAAGAAUCAUUAUUUGUAUAACAUGAUGUAGAGAUAGGGAGACUUGCAUGUCAAUUUGUUGUUGUUGUCUUAUAUUGAAAAUAAAGUGUACUUCAAUGAUC